GACGACAUACAGGAAAUCUGGAUACUGCCACACUCGGCAUGAUGAACACACCUCGAUGCGGGUUACCCGACGUAGAUCCUGAAAACCCAGAAACCGACCCGGACUCGGACGCGGACUCGCCGGAGGGGUUAGAGGUCAAGCGCAAAAAACGAUACGUACUCGCCAACUCGCGAUGGGAAAAAACCGAUCUAACAUGGCGUAUUGAUGGCAGUAGGCCUACACCGGACCUAGAAGCUGAUCAUGUCAAACGGAUUAUGAAAAAUGCACUUCAGUUUUGGGACGAUGCCUCUGCUCUGACUUUUCGAGAGCAAACCGGCAGUGAUGCGGAUAUACAAAUAUCAUUCGGCGUGGGCGAACACGGCGACACUUAUAAUUUCGAUGGACCGGGUGGCACGCUUGCGCAUGCGUUCUAUCCGACUUCUCCCCCAGUCAGCAUAGCAGGCGAUGCCCAUUUUGAUGAUUCUGAGACAUUUUCGGAUGGCAGCGCAGAAGGCACAAACCUCUUACAGGUAGCCAUUCACGAGUUCGGGCACAGCCUGGGCCUACAGCAUUCUGAUGUCAAUGAUGCCAUAAUGUACCCGUACUACCGAGGUUACAUUCCCGAUAUUACGCUCGAUCGUGACGACAUCGCCGGCAUACAAGCUCUGUACGGAGAAAACACUGACGAUCCCGAACAGCCAAGCACAGUGGAUUGCAGUACAGUCGCCAUAACAUGGGCUACGAGUACACAGGACGGGCGACAGUAUCUUUGCAAUGACACACAUUGUUAUCGAAUGUCCGAUAACGUUGUCGAUGACGGCUAUCCUAAACUGAUCCAAGAGGAAUUUCCCGGACUACCCGACGACCCGGAUGCUUCCUUCUACUACGAGACUACCGGAAAGACGUACAUCUUUAAAGGCAGCGAAGUCUGGCGCUUGGCCAACCAAACCAUUGACUCCGGAUAUCCGAUGAGUAUAUCAUCUGAGUUUCCCGAUUUACCGAGCGACCUGUCCGCUGCAUUCGUCUGGCAUAUAAAUAAAAAGAUUUAUUUUGUGAAAGAUACCAUGUACUACCGAGUCUCGGCCCCUGGGACCGGACUCGACAUCGACACCGAGAACCCGUAUCCGAGGUUAUUUUCAGAUUGGUGGAGAGGUCUGCCUAACACCAUUGACGCAGCCUUUCAAUGGAGCGAUUCUCGGACCUACAUGUUCGCAGGCUCUCAGUACUACCUGCUUCACCCAUGGCUUUCCAAGGUAUCGGAUAGUUUGCCUCCAUAUCCAAGAGACACAGCGGUUUGGUGGUUUGAUUGUGAUCCGGAUGACGGUAUUAGCGACAAUGGAUUCAAUGGUGCUAUGUCAGUUGUUACACCAUCCAUAAUGGUAGCCAUUUGUGUCUUUGUCUUGAAUGCCUUGUUGUUUCUUAAUUAAUGGAUAAAAGUUAAGUCCAAAGAGGAAUAUAGAGAAAA